AGCAACCUAUUUUCAGGCAGUACUUGAACGCAGCACUCCAGGAUUUGGGGUUUGUUUGAAGCACCAGUCGGUCAGCGUCUGAUCUAGCCGCGAAGAUGCCCGCUGAUGUGAGCCAGUGGUGCGGUCCGCUCGCCCUGCAGGAAGUGGAGGAAGAACCUGCGAAACCCUUGACCGUUAAAUACGGUUCUGUGGAGAUCAACGAGCUCGGCGAAGUGCUCACUCCAACACAGGUGCAGAAUCGACCCACCUGCAUCGAAUGGGAAGGAUGUGAUCCAAGUAAACUUUACACCUUGGCCCUUACGGAUCCUGACGCUCCCAGCAGGAAAGACCCCAAGUUCAGGGAAUGGCAUCAUUUUCUGGUGGUGAACAUGAAAGGGAAUGACGUGUCCUCUGGAUAUGUCCUGUCGGACUACGUGGGCUCUGGCCCUCCUAAAGGCACAGGUCUCCACAGGUACGUGUGGCUGGUGUACGAGCAGCCAGAAAGUCUGUCCUGCUCCGAGACCGUCCGCACCAACUGCUGUGGAGACGGCCGCGGCAAGUUCAAGAUCCAGACCUUCAGGAAGAAGUACAACCUGGGAGCGCCAGUGGCCGGAACCAGCUACCAGGCGGAAUGGGACGAUUACGUCCCUAAACUCUACGAGCAGCUGGCCGGGAAGUAAAACAGGAAAGACUAAACAGGUUCUAGGACUUCCCACCCCAAAACAAAACAUAAAAAUGGAGCAAGACACGUUUUUUUUUCCCACUGUUGCAUCAUAAUUCUGCAUAAGCGCUUCAUGAAUGAGUCACCUGUGAUAAACUUUUUGCAGACUGGGUCAUUCAGAACCGUUUAAAUAUGAUUAUUAGGAUUUAGUUUGUGUAACUUUUAUUUUAGGCAGAUUAAACUAAGAAAUACGAAGUUUUUGCAAAGAGCGUGCAGCAAUAAAUCCUCAAACUUUA